AUGGAGAUUACUAUACCGUUGACCGAAGCACUCCAACAAAUUCUUGUUUAUGCAAGGCGUAUAAAGCAAUAUCUCGGAGGAAAGAUAGAUUUUGAGGAGAAAGCUACUGAGGAACAUGAAGGUUGCAAUGACUCUUUGAAGAAAAAGUACCCUCCAAAAGUAAAGGAUCUGGGAAGUUUUACAAUUCCUUGCGCCAUUGGGAGUGUGAAGAUAGGGAAAGCUUUACUUGAUUUACGGUCAAGUAUCAACUUAAUGCUCAUAUUUAUGCUAAAGAAGAUUGGUGGUCUUACAUUGAAGCCGACAAAGAUCUCCUUGAUCAUGGCGGAUAGAUCAUCAAAGAAACCCUAUGGUAUGGUGGAGGAUGUUGUAAUUCGCAUUGAAGGGCUUAAUUCCUGGUUGACUUCGUGGUGA